AUGAGUCUGUGGAGUAACGCCUCCACCUCUUCCUCGGAUCUUUACCCCGGGAUGGAGCCUCCUUUGUCGGGCUCCAACUCUUCCUCUUCCUCCUCCUCCUCCAACCGGACCGAGCAGGCCCGCGCGCACACUACCGGAGCCCCGCUGGACCUGAGCCGGGCCGUGCCGGUGGGGAUGGUGCUGGCCUCCUUCAUCAUGUUCGCCAUCGUGGGGAACAUCUUGGUCAUCCUGUCGGUGGUGUGUAACCGACACCUGCGGAUCCCCACCAACUACUUCAUCAUCAACCUGGCCAUCGCUGACCUGCUGCUGGGCACCACCGUGCUGCCGGUGUCCGCCACCCUGGAGGUCCUGGAUUACUGGGUUUUUGGGAGGAUCUUCUGUGACAUCUGGGCAGCGGUGGACGUGUUGUGCUGCACAGCGUCCAUCAUGUCUCUGUGCGUUAUCUCCAUCGACCGCUACAUCGGCGUCCGCUACCCGCUGCAGUACCCAAUGAUCGUCACUGAGAAGCGGGCGCUGCUCGCCAUGCUGGGCGUCUGGAUCCUCGCCAUCGUCAUCUCCAUCGGCCCGCUGCUGGGCUGGAAGCAGCCGCCCUCACAGGACGAUACAGAGUGUCUCAUCACCCAGGAGCCGUACUACGCUCUCUUCUCGUCCCUCGGCUCCUUCUACAUCCCUCUGGCCGUCAUCCUCGCCAUGUACUGCCGCGUCUACAUCGUUGCCAAACGCACCACCAAGAACCUGGAGGCCGGCAUGAUGAAGGAGCGCCAGGAGGACUCCAACGAGCUCACGCUGAGGAUCCACUGCAGGAACCAGCAGAUCCACGACCUGUGCUCCUCCAGGGCCGGGGGGGGAUCGGCGGGGCGCAGCACGCUCACCGUCAAACUGCUCAAGUUCUCCCGAGAAAAGAAAGCUGCCAAGACGCUGGGCGUGGUGGUGGGCAUGUUCAUCCUCUGCUGGCUGCCCUUCUUCCUGGCUCUGCCCAUCAGCUCUUUUAACACCAGUCUUCGUCCUCCUGAAACUUUCUUUAAAGUCAUUUUCUGGCUCGGAUACUUCAACAGCUGCCUGAACCCGAUCAUCUACCCCUGCUACAGCCGCGAGUUCAAACAGGCCUUCAUUCGGAUCCUUCGCUGUCGUUGGAAGAAGAAGCGUCAGGGCUGGCAGGCGUACUAUAACUACCGGGGCCAGCAGGGGUCAAACAACUCGUCCUUCCUGAACGGCAGCCAGCAGACGCUGUCGUCCAUCAGCCCGAGCCCUCGCUGCGUGGCCUCCAGGCUCCGCCCCCCGCCGCGCUCCUCCGACGGCGGUCACCACCUCCUCCCCGGGUCGGCCGGGCGAGGGAGGCACAGCCCGCUGUCCCCACUCGCUAAGGAUGCUGGGACGGCGUUUGGGGGGGGCACGUGUGGGGGGGUGCUGAGGAACGGACGCGAGGACGCCGGCGUCUAA